UUAUCAUAAGGUAACAGCUGACAAAUUCCAAAUUAAAAAUUUAAAAAAUAAAAAAAAAUGUUUGUGAAAAACUUUGUUGUUUAUACUUUUUAACCUUUUCAAAAUAACCUUUUGUCUCAUAGACAUAAACAAAAACAAAUUUCUUCAAUGAGAAUUUAUUCAGCAGAGAACUUUCUUUUGUUGUUUUAUGGCAUAACCUCAUUUAAAUGGAAUUCCGUACUGAUUUCUAAAAGCUUACUGACUGUUUGGUGUUAAAGGUUCAAAUUAUAAAAACCACCGAUAACUAACUAUGUUCAGGAGGCAUUGCAACUCUUGGCAAGAUUUGAGGGAUUUAGAUGAACCAGGAGCCUUCAGAAACGAGUGUAAGACCCUUUUAGAUCAAAUUAUUAAUUUUACCUAUUCCGAAGCUCCGAUUUAUGGUCAAGCUUCUAAGGCUGAUGUUGAAAAACAAGAUGUAAGCUACAGACUUCUUGAAGAAGAAAAUUUCGUGCUUAAAGAGCAGGUGAUGUCUUUGCAACAAUUAAUCGCAUUAAAAUCAGAAGAAAUUUCCGAAUUAAAGUCAACUAUAAGCCAAUUAAAAUGCGAUAAACAAGAUGAGCCCUGUGUAGAAGAAGUUUCACUACCCGAUGUGAAAAAUAUUAUCAAAAGGAUCAACAGUGCUAUAGAAGACAUCAUUGAUAAUGACAGCAGCGAUGGGCUAGGCACUAUUCUACCAAAAAGCUCAGUUUUCAGUUUAGGGAUUUCAGAUUCUUAUAUUGGUCCUGAUAACAUUUCGAAUAUCAGCUCUACGAAUGCUUCAUUUUUGAAUGAUCCCACAGUUAGUAAAGAUGAUGAUGUAUUACCACCUGAAUCAUUAAGUACUGUCAUCCCAAUUUGCGAUUUAAGAUCGAAUUUAAUUGAUACAGCUUCUGGAACUUCAAAAGAAGACAAUUUUCUCUCAUUAGAAGAAAACUACUUUUUUUUAAAAAGAGAAAAUGUAAUGUUACAAGACAAAAUAAAAACCUUGACGGAUCGGGUUACUUUACUAAAAUCGUCGCUAAAGUCUUGCGAACUUGAAUUGACUCAGUAUGACAAAAUAUUAUCCCUAAUCAAACAAGAGAGGUUUAAUUUAAUAAGUGAAUUGAGGGAAACUAAGCAUUGUUACAGUGCAUUAAAAUUGAGGAAUGAGUACCUCGAAGAAAAAGUGGUCGAACUGGAAAACCGGUUGAAGCAGGAAACAUCUCCAGAAACAAGUCAAAAGGAAGAAGAUGAAGAUAGUACUCAAAUAGAAAUACUGAACUGUUACAAAAGUAGGCUUUACGAGGCGUUUAAGGAAAUGUCGACGAAAGAAGAACAAAUCGGACUGUUGAACGACUCCAUUAACGGUCUUGUGGAGAAGUUCAAAAUAGAAAAGAGCUCGCUGGAGAUGGAGUACGCCGACCAUCUGAAAGGAUCCGAAGACAGGCUGAAGCGGCUCUGCGAUGAGAAGGUCAAGUUGGAGGAAACAAUCAGGCAGCAGUCGAAACUAAUAGAUCAUUUACAGACUAUGGUAGAGAGUAGAGAAAAAAAACAUAAUUCAAAGAUCAACUGCAUUAAAGAUAAUUAAGUUGAUUAUGGCUAAACAGUAAAUUAUAUUUUAAAUAAUAAAAAUUAGUCACUAAAAAUUACAUUUGUUAUUUGUUUUCUGUGCGGAAGUACCUGACAAUUUAUAAAUGAUAUGUCGUCAAAGUAAUUUCUUCCAUUUUUUCCCCGAUAUUUGUGAGCUGGUACCCAAUAAAUCUAAACACGCGAGCGGAUUUGUUGUUCUACCGCAAACCGGCAAGGCGUACAUUGCCGUCCCCAUCUAAUUAUCUUCUAAAUAAAUCUGUAAUGAAUCAGUCAU